AUGCCGGAGGUAGAUGCUCUCAUAUUAGGAUACUCCCAUCUCGCCCAACUCCCACGCGAGAAGGAAGCUCUACAUGCCUUGAGGAAGAUUGCAUCUUUGGUCAAACCUAUUAUGAGAGCGCGGGGCUGGAAGGUCGGAACAUUGGCAGAGUUCUACCCAGACCAACAAAACCUUCUAGGUAUCAAUGAGAACAGAGGACAGCGAAUAUGUUUACGUUUACGAUACCCUGGUGACAAGAACCAAUUCCUUCCUCUCGAACAAGUGGUCGAUACUAUGCUCCACGAGCUUUCACAUAAUGUCAUAGGCCCGCAUAAUGCCGAGUUCAACGCCCUAUGGGAUCAGCUACGAAAGGAAUACGAAGCCCUACUGUCCAAGGGCUAUACAGGAGAAGGCUUCUUGUCAGAAGGUCGCAGGCUUGGAGGCUCGCGGGUAUCAAGGGAUGAAGCUAGACGUAUUGCACGCAACGCUGCAGAGAAGAGGCGGACUUUGAACGCGGGUUCUGGACAGAAGCUGGGUGGACGACCUGUGCCUGCUGGUGCUGACAUUCGUAGGGUCAUUGUUGAUGCGAUCGAGAGACGAAGCAUUGUGGAGAGAGGCUGUGGAGCUGGUGGUGCUAAGAACGACCAAGAAAUCACCGCUCUAGCAGACCAAGCAACAAAGAAUGGUUUCCAGACAAAGGCUGAGAUGGACGAGGCGAACGAUAGAGCUAUUGCUCAAGCACUGUGGGAGUUGGUUCAAGAAGAUGAGCAGAAGGAAUAUGGAGCUUCAUAUAUCCCUCCCACCCAGGCCAAUCCCACGGGUAAUGGAGGCGGUUCUGUUGGACCAUCAGGGUCGAUCAAGAGAGAAGCACCUUCAUCUCCUCCUGUCCCAGUCAGGUCAAAACCGCCACCAAUCCGCCAGCAUCCAAAUCGACCGGUCAGUCGGUUGGUCGCUGAAAAUACAGCGAAGAAAUCAAAGAUUCUACCUACAAAAACGGCAACCCCACCCCGUAUUCCAUCGUCAUCGAAACCAUCGCCGCCUGUGGCACCUAACCCUCCACCACCAUCAACAGAACCAUAUCUUACUGGAUGGACCUGUCCUGUAUGCACCCUCCACAACCCCAUCGGCUUCCUCGCCUGUGAUGCAUGCACUUCCGAGCGACCUCCAGAAAUCACUCAAAAGAUCGCAGAAGCAGACCGUAAGAAGAUCGUGACUACGCAGCCAACAGGCUUGGGAAGUCAGAUGUGGACAUGUUCGCGAUGUACCACAAUGACAGAAGAUAAAUUCUGGGCUUGUCAAACUUGUGGCAAGAUAAAGGACCGUUCGUGA